AUGGCAACAAAAAUAGAAAACUCAGGCGAUUUCUACCAAUGGCAGAUUACCAAAAGAUCAAUGGGUGAAAGAAUCAAGCAUUUGUACAACAACCCUCUAACGGCCGAUGUCAAUUUCCUUGUGGCGGAAAAAGGUGGAAAACGUGAAUCUAAAAUCGCAAUUCCCUGUCACAAGCUUGUUCUGGGCUUAAGCAGUCCCGUGUUUUUCGCGAUGUUUUAUGGAGAACUGGCUGAGACAGGGGAUUCUAUUGAUCUACCAGACUGUGACUCCGAAGGAUUUCUGGAAUUCUUGCGUUACAUUUAUCGUGACGAGGCAAAGUUAACCGGAAGUUGUGUGAUGCAAGUGCUUUACCUCGCAAAGAAAUACAUAAUACCUUCAUUGACGGAGCUGUGUAGACGUUUUCUCGAAAAAAAUAUUACUCCUCAAAAUGUUCUGGAUGUUUUGCCGCAAGUAACAGAAAUGGACGAGACUCACUUGACUUCCGUUUGUUGGAACGUAGUUGAUUCUCAUACCGAGAAGGUAUUGGAAUCUGCUUCGCCUUCGCUUCUCGAUGACGCACAUUUGUUAAGCUCAUUGCUAGCAAGGGAUUCACUAACCAUCAAUGAAGCUAAAAUUUUUCAAGCUAUUAAUUGCUGGGCAGAGGACAAUUGUAGAAAGCAGGGUAAAGAAGCAAGCGGGAAAAAUAAAAGAGAUGUCAUAGGCGAAGGGAUUUUAACAUCGGUUCGGUUUCCUGUGAUGACAGAAAAGGAAUUUGCAAGCCAUGUCCCAGACACUGAAAUACUCACAGAGACUGAGAUUGUCAAGUUGUUCAUGUAUUUUAAUCUUGGUAGACAACCUGGAGAGUUUUCCUGUGUUCCUAGAGGUAAAAACAGCAAAAAUCAAAUGCAGCGUUGUAAACGUUUCUCCUCCAGAUCUGGAGUAGGUUGUUUUUGGCAUUACAAUCGUGGAGCGGCUGAUUCCAUCAGUUUUACCGUCAAUGCCCCAGUGCUAAUCAAAGGAGUAAGGUUAUUCGGGUAUCAGAAAGAGAAAUAUCUUGUGAACUUAAAAGUCGACGGUAAAACUGUCGUUGAAGGCGAAUUUCAAACGGAAGAACAAGAAAAGUGUGGCUACCAUGGUUUUGACGUUAUUUUUGAACAUCCCCGUCAGCUGCUACCUGAAGUGCCAUGUGCAGUUGAAGCGUUGAUCCAUGGACCUAAGUCACUCUACGGCACCUCAGGUAAAGAGGAAGUUAAUUGUGGAACAGUCACUUUUCGAUUUAUUGCAACAGAAACGCCGCUUGGAAAUAGUUCAACUGUGAGUCGAGGGCAGUUCGCAGAAAUUAUAUUUAUUGAUAUACCAUCACAGUUGGCCUCAGCCGAUGGAUCCCAAGAUGUGUGAACAAUACCUUGCCUAGUCCCUUGGUGUAGGGCGUCUCUCCAGGCCUUCUCGGUCAAUGCAUUUCAGUGAAGUCUCCGAAACUCGCUCGGACCACGUGACCCGAAACGCAUCGGCUGCGCGCAAUAAUGAGUGAUGAGGCCGACUGCCCCCAACCACCCCACGCCCCCCGCACCCUAUCUGAAGGUGUGGAACCGCCACUGUUACCAUCUACUUCUUGGAGAGGAAAGGGAUGGAGGUCUGAGUCCAAUUAAGCAAAAGUUUCAAAACUGUCUUCAUCAUUCACAGUGGCAUGGCCCGCGCUCCUUUUUCUUGAGUCAAAGGGAAUCUGUUGGCAAAACGGAUGAACUAUACUCCAAAGCAAAGCACGGCCAAAAGGAAAGACCAAAUCUCGGACACCCGAACACUAACGGCCAGUCUGCCGUUUACUUUUUCACAGUCCCCUGGCUGUUACAGGCAGUGAAUAUAAGUUGUAACGUUUAGCACAAAGAUUUGUACUACAUUAGUUAGAGAAAUGUAAAAAUUGUUCCAGUCAUUUUAGCCAUGUGUUAUGUAUCUUUACAGAAUCCCAUAAACCCUGAUCUUGGGCACAUUAAAAAUUUAGUCGAAUUUUUUGCUGUGUGAAAUGCAAAUUAGGCCGACAAAUUCAUAGGAAAUAACCUAUUCAGAGUGUUUAACCAGCUGCGUUGCGAAAACGUAAGCUAUAAACAUGAAUUAAUUGUGCGAGAGAAUAACAGAAUCGAAACAGAACUUUUGUAUAUUUCUUUGAUGUUUAAAUUUGACUAUUUUACGAAAAAUGUCGACUCCGAAUGUGAUAACUGCCUGUUUAUGGAAGACGGAGUUACAGAAAAAUCUUUCUAACGACCUGUUAUCACGACAAAGCAGCUAAUUAUCCGAUAACUACAAGUCUUGACUAGAGAGACUUCGACACUUGUAGGCUGACAACCAAACAUGGAAGCUGUUCAUAAGUCUUUUCUAACGGCUGUGUCUUGUGAAAGACAGAAGUCUUGGGACAAGGUAAUUUGUUCAGUAUCGUCUUUUACCGUUGUAAACGUUUUAAAUGCUAAUUCUUAAAAGCUGAAAAUAUUAUCUAGUCAGUGAAAACGGCUAAAAAUACAUUCGUCGUUAUUGGUUACGUUGCUAAGGCUUGAAAUACGUUAGCUUUUCCUUCGAUUUAUAUGUUUAUUUAAAGAAGACCUUAGUCUCUAGUCAGUGAAAAUUUACAGUAAGUUUAGUUUUGACCAUUAGAACCGUUUCUCCGGCAUUUCGCAGCUAUAGAUUUUUAAAACAAAUAGGAAAUUAAUUAUAAGAAAUAUCAUAGUAGGUAUAAAUUGAAUUUUAUUCUAGCUGGUCAAAUCAUAAAAAAAUAUAAUUGAAAAAUACAAUAGAAAAAUGUUUAACUCUUGUUCUGCCGUAGCGAAAUGCUGUUUACUAAGAAUCCGCGAUAAGGCCAAUAUAUCGUCAACGUUUUAGCAAGGAAACAAAUAACUCGAACGUACCGCACGUUACAGUUGGUAAUUGGAAGGUGGCUUAACUAUAUACUUACCUUCAAAGCAAAACUAACAGAAAUGUUAUUUUCACGUUUGAAGAUAUAUGCCCAGGGAAUAAGUCGAAUCCUUAAUUUGGGAUAUUACUCACGACCCCAAAAGCUUUACCAUUAUAUCAUAACGUCCAAAAAAGGGGUUUACUUUAUUAGUCACUUUCGGAUCACUUCACCAACAACUAUUCAGAAUAUGGCGCUAAAUUCAAUUGUAUGACGCUAAGUCCUCUGCCGAAACUGAAAUCUUUAGCCCCACUGAUUGCCUUAUUAAGCUGAUUUAACAACGAACAUCAGGGGAACGUCAGUUGACGACGACGCGCGUAAAUCAAACAACUGGCUUGACCAAUGACAGAGCAGCAAAUUGAGCACCGGAAGUAGUGUUUAGUCCUUUCCGUGCACUUUCCCUUCGUCAACUGACGUUCCCGUUCUGUUGCAACAUCAGCCUAUUAUAAGUUUACGAUGUUAAGGAACUAACUUUCUAAACACAAGACAACAGCAGCAAUAAUAAACCUGUCUUGUUAAGGAUAUGAAUCGCUAUAAUUUCUGGCUAUAUAUGUUUCCAAUUUUAAUAGGCGGUAGUCAGAUAUGAGGAAGUAUUAAGUACAAUUUACAAGCUGAAAUGGAAUAACAGCCUGAAUAAAGAGAAGCUCCGGCUUCUGGUAAGUCCUACUUACAGAUGUCUCGGUUCAUUCAAUUGCAAUGCAUUUACCAGAGUUAUGGAUGUAAUUGCUCAUUUUACUGGCUUGCUUUUCGGUUGGUCAUGCCAUCCUGUUUCGUUAGCUAUCCUAGAGGGAGAAACAACAUACCCUAUCUGAUAAUCGGAAAAAUAGGUUUGAAAUUUUCUCUAAUCAUUUGCUCCCUCUGUUGUUACACAUGCGAGUCAUACCUACUACAAGUGGCUUUGUAAUUUAAUGCAUAUUCAAGCAAGCGUCUUAAGCACAGCCAACGAAAAGAGUUGGCCUUUAUCAUGGGGAAGUAGAAUUGUAACAUGAUUGUAAUGUGACACCAAAUUAAAAGGUAUCGAAAAUCCUAGCAUAAAUUGUUUCAAUGUAUACUUAUCACGAUCAAACAACAUCCAUAAGCAAAAACCGAAUAAUCAAACCAAAAAUGUUCACAAAUCAAAGUAUGGAAGGUACAGUCGAGUAUAUUAAGGCCGUAGUUUUAAAUUUUCCUUCAUGUCAGAUCAUCAACCGGAAUUUCGGCGGAUGCGUCGUCCGUCAUCAUGAGACUUGAACACUAUAGGUAAAGACUGACCAUUUUGUCAUUCGUCACUUUACUGAAUACUAAAGAUUAAACUCCUUUGCAGUUAUUUGAAUGCCAUUUUCACUGCGCAGUCGCGUUGCAAAAUCGUCAAAAGUACCAGAGAGCAUUGCGGCAUUUUCAACGAGCCAUGGAGGUGGUGAGCUGGAGAAAAGUAGGUUUCACGCAAUUUUUAUCCAUAAGAAUUGUUUUAAGCUUUUUUUUCUGCUCAUUUUUUUAUUUUGAGAAAUUUUAAUUUGAAUCUGACGUUUGCCGUUAGCCGUAUACGUAGAGCUCAAACUCUAAGCUCAAACUGAGCCAUGUGCACGGCUAUAGUAUGGGCCUAGCAGGUUCGAAACUAUAUCCUAGCAACAUGCCACGCAUGCUCAAUAAAGAUGUUACUCGUUUCAUGCAGGGUCUUUCUCGAGUAUGUACGACAAAAUCUACCAAGUGAAUGAAAGGCUAUUGCUUGCAGGGUGGGUUUGCCCGACUGGCCAGUUCGUUUGGCUUUGUGAGUAAUUAAAAAAACUUUUUAGAAACCUUGGAAUGUCUAGAGACAUUCAGCUUACUUUUGAAUAAAAUCCCUCAGCUUAAUUUUUUUUAUAUAUAUCGUAGGACGAAUGUCAAGCAGGCUGUAUCACCGGGAGAGUUCUUCAUCUCCACGUCCCCACCUUGGCAAGGAUUGCUUGUUGUCUCAUUCACCAAGGUUAGAAGCAUACUUGCUGUAUUCUGUAUUAAUAAUGUCCUUUGAUUGGAACAAGGGUCUGAAGUUGCGAAUGAAAAGCAAAAAAACAUAGCACCGAUGGAUGCACUAUUAGAUAAGUUAAUCCAAGCAAAUAAUCUGAAAGUUUUGAAGGAUUACCAGAUAAGCUGCACUAAUCACUAAAGAGGCCUAUCCCGGCCGGCAUUCGUGGCAACAAAUAAAGUCACCCGCUUGUCAGUUGGGUUAGCCUGAGCGUUCCAAGCGUUCAGAUAACGGGGAGCGGUGCGAAGUACAAAGAGGGGCCAAAAAAUGAAAAGGAGGGAUACGCGAGGAAUCGCAUACAGUGUCUUUUUUUUGUUGUUUUCACUCUACACUUUCUGCCAUCGCGUUGGGCGCUUUCCUUUUUUCAGAACUGCCUAGCCGGACCAUUACCGGAUCAGUCAUUAAACAGGCUUGUUCUAAGUGUUUUUCUGAAAAACCCUCUCCUUCGUGCAAACUAUUUAGGAAUUAACUGAUCUAGCUGCAUAGAUAUUCUUCAUUAAAAAUGAAAUUCUCAUUACGACAGACAGGCUGACGCCCAGGCUCACUUAAUGUAAUUUUUGAGCGCAAAGGGCUGUUGUAUGUCAGAACUAAAAAAGUCUUUAUCCUGCAGGGAACCUCAAAGAAGCUCUGGCUAAUGCAGACAAAGCAAUUUUACUCGACUUCAGAAAUCCUGUAAGCCUUGCAUGCUUUUCAAGUUAAUAAACUUAUGUAUGGAUAUCUUGUGCAACACCGCAAACUUAUACCGUGUUCAAAAAACAGAAAAUGAUAUCAAUGACUUUUCCUCUUCAUUCCACUCAUUAUUUUCUGGAAAUACGGAUAAGAAAUACAUGCAGUUAGCUGAAAGCGCAUUUCAGUCUCCUCUUGCGAUACUAAUAAGCUUCUUUUUUUCCUUUUAAACCUAGGACUUAUUCUGCGUCAGGUCGUUGGUAAAUUUUCUUCUGAAACGACAAGAAAAGGUAAGAUAAAAUCAAAAAGCAAGAUGGAGAUAAGUGCGAAAUCGUGCCCUACUCGGACUGUAGUAGUACGGUUGAUCAGUCCCAUCAUUGAUGUAUAGCUCAGCAUCUGCGAUGUGGGGAGAAUAAAACACGAAUAUACAUUUCGUCAAAAUAAAAUCAUCCAAAAAGCAGUUUGAAACCAGAGAAAGGAGAAUCGAUGUUUGCAUUGAGUCUAUAAGAGAGAUUUCUCAAUUACAUCUGCAACUAGAGGCAGUUUCCAAAAAACACAGCGCGAUGUUUAAUCAAUUUAACUCCACACUAUUAAAAAUCAGCAUUUUACUUAUAAUAGUAUUUGUUCCAGUUUAUUCCUAGUUUGAUUUUGUUUGUGUAGAAUGAUUAUAAAAAGAAAAUGGAGUUCGUUGAAUCAAAAAUACUUGAUCGAGUAGCGAAAAGGUCCCACAAUCCUUUUUGACUGGUGUUGUUACUGGUUCUCAUAGGCUUUACUAGACGCCAGUUUCGCUGUCAAAUUGAACCCUUCGCAAGUUUGCGGCUGGCUUCUGAGAGGCUUAUACAAGAAGACAGAGGUAAGAAAUGGGCCACUUUUAUGAUCUGUGUCCUGCUUGAAAGAUUUCAUGAUGACACAACAACCAACUGGAAAGAUCAAUAAGAUUAGUACCCCAAGCGAACGUAGUCUCAAAAAUUUGCAUCUCAAAACGCUAGGAUAAUCCACCCUUGGAUUAAAGGUAAACUUAUGCUCCCACUGUCACAUUAGCAGAUGGGUGUGGCUGCAUCCAGUCACACCUUAGAUAUAAUACAUAUAAUAUUACCUAUAAUAUGCGUACUUUUCAAACGUGUGUUAAUUCAUUAAAAUGGAGAGCCCCGCGGGUGAUUUUUCACUAGAAGUUUUAAAACAUUAACAAGGAAGCAAAGUACAGACGAAGCCAAGGACAGACGAUAGGGUACAUACCGAUAGAGUAUGAACUUUCACCGUAUCGCGCCACAAUUUAUCCAUUUGACGACUUUCUUACUGUUACAGAGAAAAGAAGGGAACAGAUCUAAACAAGAACGGGAUCUUGAUAAGGUAUCUAUUGAAAACCCUAAGAUAUAGUGAAAGCCGGGAAAGUUUUUCUUUCAUAAAGGGUUGCUGUCAUUAAUUUUAUAACGAGCACUAAGAAACUUAAAGCUGUAAUUGAAAGCAUUUCUCCGACUAAAAAGAAAGAAGUGUCAUUUCAGAAUGGAACCCGUCCUCUGGUAUAUGCGCUAGUCUGAUCUCUCCACUUCAUCACGAAGAUCUUCUUCAAAUCCGAAUUCAUAGAAUAUUUCAAGGAUGUAUAUAAUAAAAAUUCAACUGCCCCUCAUAAAUGAUUCAUCUAUAUAAGUUGAUUGUGAUACCUUUCCACUAUUCCCUUAUAUUUAACUUUGGCCUAAACUUUGAUCAGUUCUGCGACUAUUUAAAAUUCGUCGUCGUUUUCCUCUUUGGGUAAGGCUUCUUUCCUUCAUUAGUGAGCAAACCUGUAUAACCAGGCCAAGCUGGUCAUCUUCGAGGGCAGUUUCGGCCGCUUACUAAAGGUUUAACUAUAGUGAUAUCUCUCUCUUAGUCAAAAAUCCUAAGGAGUAACGAUUAGUUCUGAUCCCCCCUCCGGAUCCCCCUUCCCCCACCAUCAAACGGCCAUGUAUUUUAUCCACAGGUAACUUAACAGACCAAGGUUUGACUGUAAUGAUCAUGUUUGUAGUGAUUACCAGGAGCCGAUUAGUAAUCGGCUCCUGUGAUUACUCACUCUUAGUCGGAAUCCGUAAGAACUUAGGACCAGGUUUACCAACCCCUUGUAAUGUACCAGGAAUUUGUAUAUCAAAACAGACGCAGAAUUCGGAGAACUCAACACAAUUUAAUCAAAUUACAUGUCCUCAAGCAACGGCAAGAAGCACGUAUUACGCAUGCGUGAAGCGCGUAAGGAUUCAUGGGAUGUGACACCUCCACUGACCUUAGACAUUCAAGGUCGACUGAUGAAAGAAGACUAAUAUCAAUAACUGUAUUUACCUGUUUCAAAGGCCUGUGAAGUCAACCCUGAUGCAGUCAUGUUCGUUGACACAGACAAUUUGCAGGCUCACUUUCAGUCAAUAUUUGACCGGUAGGUCAUACCUCCUUGAAAUGUGUUUAAGCAAUUAAAUCACUAAUAAAACAUAAAUGCGACGUGAUUUUCCAGACUUUCCACAUUUUUUGAAACUUUUCAGAAGUGCAUUUUCACCUGGGCUCCAUUUCCGGUACUCUCUCGGUCUUCCCUAUUUUUUAAAAUUAAAUUUGAUUUAUUAUUAUUACUAUUUGCGGUGGGGAAGGGGGGGCGCUUUUCACGAACAACGGCUGGUAAUCGAGCCUAAUUUUCCAUGCUCUGGAAAGAGGAUCUGUCUGAGUACCAACCAGUGAUACUCUCCUAGUGUCGCCUACAGGUUAGGACCGUGCAGCACUAUCAGAAUUGAUCAAAAAAUUUUUUCUCUUUUCUCUUCUUACAGGUUCCUUCCCUCUACGCGUGUGUCCCACUCGAUAUCUGUUCAUGACAUUUUAGACGCUGACAGAACAGCCAGGCAAGCAAGCCGCGUUUCGCCGCGAACAUUCAUGUGUGGAACGGCAAAGCCAAAAAGACGAAUGCGAACAUGCCCCUCUCAAGAGAAAAGCUAUUCUGAAAGACACCUUGAACGCUUCCAUACCGAACAGAGUAUAUCUCAUCAUAGAUCUUCUCUAAAUAUUAUUAGUAGACAUCCAGAGAGACAUGUAUCACGUGCAUAUUCGUCACUUGACACGUGCACAUCACGUGUUCCCCUCCUCACUCUUAGAGAUGUGGUAGAGACCAAAAGCGCUUGCUUAUGUCGUGGUCAAAGAUUCAUUGGAACCGGGUUACAUCGCGAGAGACAAGGAAAUCUUGAAUUCAUUGAGGUGAGAAUGCAAGUAUUUGAAACUCGUGGUAAAGAGAGGUAAGAGGUUUGGUAAAAAAAGAAAACGCCAGCUAGAGCUAGAAAGGACCCGUCAACUGAUUCAACGACGAAAUUAUUUAAGGUAGGGUAAAAGGAUUAGCGAUGAGAUAUUGUAGCUGGGAUGGGACAAGUUAGUGUCCGGCCAUGAGAUACUCACUAUCUGUCUUCUCCAAAGGAUUAGAUAUACUUUGUAUAAGGAUAAUUUAAGUUGACAGGCGAAUUGUUAUUUACAGUGAAAUUACUGCGCCUUUUCCCUUUAAAUAUAAAUCACUCUCGUCAUUAUAACGUACUUUUUGUAUCUUUUGAAGGACUUGACGUAUCUAAGUGAGAGAAUGUAUGCAAGGUAAGCCAAUCAUCUCUAAUCUCGUAUACAGUUCUUCCAAGGUCAAGGGCUUUUCUCCAGCUUCGAAAAUGGUAGAGAAGGGACUGGGGACGGACUAGAUUACGAGAUUAUCACUGUCCUUCUAAGGCAACUGAAAAGACAAAAGAAUAUAUAUUUCUUACUUAAUUUUCUUUAUUCAUAGGAAAUGGUUUCAAGACAGGAUACCAACAAAAAUACCUGACUUCACGGGUUGCCGGAAACUCCUUUAA